CUCAGGAUGCGAGAGGAGCGAGGAGGAGAGGGGAAGAGAGAGGGGAAAGCGCCGAUGGAAAAGUGUCCAGGACUCGGCUAACGAAAACCCAGGAUACCGGCCCGUUUUAAGUCUGUCCCGGGCCAAACGGCGAUGAGAGAUUGACCGAAAAGGGGCACUUUGAGAUAUGCUGAGCUUUAACUCUGGUCGGCGAUAGUACUAUGAUUUGGUAUGUGGCCACUUUGAUAGCAAGUGUAUUCAGCACCCGAGGAACGGCAGCUCAAGGUGCCCACGGAGUGCGAGAGGAGCCCCAGUUCAUUACGGCACGUGCAGGAGAGAACGUCAUCCUGGGAUGCGACGUGUCCCGCCCCCUGAACGGCCAGCCCUACGUGGUGGAGUGGUUCAAGUAUGGAAUGCCCAUCCCCUUCUUCAUCAACUUCCGCUUCUACCCUCCUCAUGUGGACCCGGAGUACGCCGGCCGGGCCAGUCUGCACGGCAAGUCCUCCCUGCGGAUAGAGAAUGUGCGUUCGGACGACCAGGGCUGGUACGAGUGUAAGGUGCUGAUGUUGGAGCAGCAGUUUGACACCUUCCACAAUGGCAGCUGGGUGCAUCUGACUGUCAACGCUCCCCCAACGUUCACGGAUACUCCACCCCAGUAUGUGGAGGCCAAGGAGGGGGGCAGCAUCACUUUGACCUGCACGGCAUUCGGCAACCCCAAACCCUCGGUCAGCUGGCUGCGAGAAGGCAACCUCAUGGUCAGCAGUGCCAAGUACAAGGUGUCUGAUGGGAGUUUGACGGUGCUAUCCAUCACCCGGGAGGACCGCGGGGCCUACACGUGUCGAGCCUUCAGCCCUCAGGGGGAGGCCAUCCACACCACACGGCUGCUAGUACAAGGCCCGCCGUUCAUAGUAUCACCACCGGAGAACAUCACAGUGAACAUCUCGCAGGACGCCUUCUUUACCUGCCAGGCGGAGGCCUAUCCUCGCAACCUGACCUACACCUGGUUCUGGGAGGAGGACAACGUCUUCUUCAAGAACGACCUAAAGCGCAGAGUCAGUAUUCUUAUCGAUGGUUCCCUGAUCAUCGCCCAAGUCAAGCCAGAGGAUGCUGGGAAAUACACUUGUGCGCCUAGCAACAGCCUGGGCAGACCACCGACUGCCUUUGCCUACCUAACAGUGCAAUAUCCUGCCCGAGUGGUAAACAUGCCAUCAGUCAUCUAUGUGGCCAUCGGUCUGCCCGGCUUCAUCCGCUGUCCUGUUGAUGCCAACCCCCCUGUAACUCUGGUUAAGUGGAAGAAAGAUGGCCUCCCCCUUAGGAUAGAUAAGUACCCUGGUUGGAGCCAAAUGGACGAUGGGAGCAUCCGUGUGGCAGAGGUGACGGAGGACUCUCUCGGCACCUACACCUGCAUGCCUUACAAUGCCCUGGGUACUAUGGGAUGGUCCCCUCCCGCUCCCCUGGUGCUAAAGGACCCUCCCAAAUUCUCAGUGGUUCCUGGAGGGGAGUACAGGCAGGAGGCUGGGAGAGAACUGGUCAUCCCCUGUGAGGCGGAGGGAGACCCCUUCCCCAACAUCACAUGGAGGAAGGUAGGGAAGCCAAGUAAAAGCAAGCACAAUGUUCUGCCCCGAGGCAACUUACAGUUCAAGUCACUCACAAAGGAGGACCACGGGGAGUGGGAGUGUGUCGCCACCAACGUUGCCACGAGCAUCACUGCCAGCACGCACGUCCAAGUCAUAGGCACAAGCCCUCACGCCCCCACCAACGUCCACGUGGUGGCAUCCUCCACCUGGGCCAAUGUGUCCUGGGAGGCGGGCUAUGACGGAGGCUACCAGCAGACAUUCUCAGUCUGGUAUGGCCAUGUGCUGAAGAGGGAGCGUUUAGGUCCGCAUGACUGGCUUUCCAUACCCGUGCCUGGAGGCCAUGACUGGAUGGUGGUGCCCGGCCUGGAGCCAGAGACGACGUACCAGUUCAGCGUCCUGGCCCAGAACAAACUCGGCACAGGCCCCUUCAGCGAGGUUGUCACUGUGAACACACUAGUAUUUCCUAUAAGUACCCCUGAACCAUUGGUGCUGCUUACCCCACCACGGUGCCUCACAGCCAAUCGCACGCAGCAGGGAGUUCUGCUCACCUGGAUCCCACCUGCCAAUCACACAGCACCUAUCCAGCAUUAUGUCAUGGAGUUUCGACUGGGGGAGCGAUGGGAGGUUUUGGACGACAGCAUUCCUGCCGGAGAGACAGAGCUGCUCGCCAGAGACCUCAUCCCGGAGGCGUGGUAUGAGUUCCGUGUCAUGGCCGUCAUGGAUGACAUGAUCAGCGAACCGAGUAACUUUGUAGGCGUGUCCAGCACAGAAUUCUUCCCCCCUCCAGAGAUGGUGGAGGAGGGUGGACUGGCGCGACCAGUGGUGGCUGGCAUCGUGGCCACCAUCUGCUUCUUGGCAGCAGCCGUCCUGUUCAGCACGAUGGCCGCUUGCUUCGUCAACAAGCAGCGCCGGCGAAAGCUCAAGAGGAAAAGAGAUCCCCCUCUUUCCAUAACCCACUGCAGAAAAAGCAUGGAAACUCCGAGUCCGCUUAGCUUCAUUCCCAGUGUUGACCCCUACUGGGAGGGGCCACAUCCUUCCAGUCCUCAAUCAUCUUCAGGGAAGGUGAGCCCAGAGAGUGUCCAUUCGAAGGAAUCUCCAUCAGAAUCAUCUGAAGAUAGUCAUGACCAGCGUGGGAAAAAACCACCCCCAAGUCCAGGGAAGAAGGAGGAAUUGUCUUUAUACAAGAAGACCAAAAGAGCAAUAACAAGCAAGAAGUACAGCAUCUCCAAGCAUGAAGCCGAAGCCACAACACCAAUUGAACUCAUCAGCCGAGGCCCAGAUGGGCGCUUUGUCAUAGAUCCAACAGAUAUAGAGAUGUCUGUAAAGCCUCGGCGAAUCGAGGGCUUCCCCUUUGUGGAGGAGUCAGAUCUUUAUCCCGAAUUUCGACAGUCAGAUGAAGAGAAUGAUGAUCCCAGGCCUCUGCCGCCAGUUAUGGCGACUCUACGGCCUCACCAGAUUUCCCCGAUCUCCAGUCAAGAGUCUUACCUGCAACCUCCAGCCUACAGCCCUCGUUUCCAGAGGCCCUUCGAAGGUAUGACCAUCAUGGAGAGCAGUCGGCUCCAGGCCACAGGGCAGAUCCGAGGCUCUCUACACCACAGGGCUUUCUAUGGCUAUCUAGGCCCCCCCGGGGAUCAUGAUCCUCCACCUCCUUUUUACAUGCCUGACACCAGCCCCCUGAGCUCUGUCAUGUCCUCCCCUCCAUAUCUUGCAGAAGGUCCAUUUGGUCACCCUAUGAUUCCUGAAGAAAUGGGAGAGGGUGAUUUUCCACAAUAUACUGUGUCUGGCUUCCCUCUUCCUUUGACACUCACUUCUUCCUCUCGUUCUCCGGAAAUUUGGCAGGGACUGGAUUUUACCUUUGCAAGUCUAGAAGGGCCCCAAUUCAUUUUUCCACCGCAUCACCCCUUGCAUCUCCGCCACGACUCCCCUUAUCCUCCUCCACCUCAUGUUCUUCCCCUUAGUGCUUUCCAGCCCUCCUCUCUCCCAAUGCCAACUUACCCAACUGUUCUACCACUGGAGGCCCCAAAGAGCCACCCAAGCAAGUCUCCCAGCAAGGCCAAGCCUCAUGGCUCCCCAGCCAAGCAUUUAGCUAUGCAAGAGGCACAUUUAGGGCAGCUAAGACACACAAGCCACGGCAUGGGUGUGCCUGUUUUGCCUUACACCGAUCCAAUGGCCCAAAUUGUCCCUAGCACAUUCAGUAGCCUGGACACUCGAUGGUUUGAAACCCCCCCUCGUUUCAGUCCCAGACAGGCUCGUAGGAUGGAUUCUGGCAUGCAUCAGGUGGUACUCCAGCCUUCUCGACUCUCACCCCUCACCCAAAGCCCCCUUAGUUCUCAUGAGGGCUCCCCAGAGAUUGUAGUACGUCCCCGUCCACGUCCCAGCAUUGUCCAACCGCCUAUACCUCCGGAGAUGUCUGAGAUUACCCUCCUCCCUCCUUCCACAGCCAGCUUCUCAAGAAGAUCUUCCCCUUCCUCCUCACCUGCCCAAGGCCAGAGUAGCAGGAGAGCAAGUCCCAGCUACCGUUCCCACAUGGCCUUUGCCACUUCUGCAACCAGCUACCCAGCCUCCCAGUCCCCGUCACCCCCCAUGGAAAGCAGCAACAUUUUUGGGCAGAUGCCAUCUCAGAGGAGGACUGAGGAGGAGAUCCUUCCAUCUGAGCCCUCUCCACCCCAGUUGUCAGCUUCAGGAAAACGUCGAGGUGCGCCGAGUGCCCUUUCGGGGUCUGAGAGGAUUGAUGCACUGAGAUACCAACGUAUUAAAAAGGCCAAGAAGAUGACGAUGAACAACAAUAACUCCAAGACCAGAAAGAAAGCAGGUGUUUCCACCUCUCAGACCCAGCAGGCCUACACCUCUCAGGUACUCCAGCCCGAAGAAGCUCUCUACCUCCGCAAGAAGAAGAAACGGCCCAUCCUCCAUGACCCAUACACUCGCUUUUCUGCUCUGCUCUAUCGCCGCCCACAGCAGGAGGAUCAGAAGGCUAUUUUGGCUAGCAUGGACAACAUAGACCUAGACCAUGCCACCCUCCUCUGAAAGCCCUUCCAGACGAGGUCGUGUACAUGCAAUAUGCCCCAUUCCAAAAAUAAAACUAGCAAAAACCCAGUUGAAAAAAUAGCUAUAAAAAUAUUUGCAAUGUAUUAUCAACAAAAGGGGUAUAGCACGAAAUUUUAGCUUUCAGAUUCGGUGGAUUCAGUAGCUAUGCCCUGGGUCAGUUCAAUUUGCAUUAAUUUUACCACAUAUAAAUCACAUAAAUUCUACUCAGAGGUGAAACACUUUUUUAGUAAAACCCAUUCAGUAAUGUCUGUGUCCUCAAACUAGUGUCUUUGAUUACAGAACUUGGUAAAUAGAAGCUUACAGCAUCCUCUGAAAGUAAUCAGACCAAUGUAACUACUGAUUGGGAAAACCAAAGGCACAAGAAUGACUCGUACGCUUAAAAAUCGAGCUGCAUUCCCUUUUGAAAAUAUGUUUAGACUUUUACAGAUUAAAUCAGAAUUAUAGCUGCCAGAGUUUCCCCAAAGUUUUACUCCAGUGCAAAAUGUUUUACUCAAAAAGAGGCAAUACUCGAUCAUUAAUUCCAUUUUUACUGUUUUAAUUGGGCCUUUCUUACUCCAGGGUUGCCUUUUUUCCCCCCAUUUGAAGCUUCUCCAGGCUUGGGUCAUGUUUCUUGUGCUGAGCCAAUUCCCAGUAAACCACGCGGGUCUCCGUUUACAGCACCUUCUACCAGUUCCCCUCCGCCAGCAAUGUCUCUUAUCUGCCGAGAAUCUCGCCUCACAACUAUGGGUGUUCUCACUUCCUACAAAAUAUACCUCAGAGCACAGGACACGAGACCACAUGACCACCAGGAUCAGCCAGCAGAGCAAACUAGCCCCACUUUAGUCAUCACUGGGCUUCGCUUGGUUUUCUUACAGCGAUAUAUACGUCUGCUGCACACUUUAAUUUUAUUUAGCGUAUU